UCUAACUGAAAAAAUGUUAAAUAAUUCUUUAACUCACAUUCCCUCACAAUCGGCGUUUAGCUUCCCCGUCGUUCCGAGACGGCAUGCCGAGCAGCUGCCACCUCUCGUUAGGAGCUGCAAUCGGCUUUCGCAGUGGCGGCCGCUGAUGGCGAAGAGCACUGCAGUUGCUGUGAGUAAUACAUUAACCGGAGGUGGCAAAGGGAUGAGUUGGUUUUUCGAACUAGAACAAGAAGUCCGAGAGUAUGAAUUGGAUCAAUUUGGAGUAGUGAAUAAUGCUAUAUAUUCCAAUCUUUGUGAAUAUGCUACAUACAAACUCCUUCAUGAGAUCGGUUUUGAUGCUGAUAUAAAGUUAGCAGUGUCCGAUGCCACAAUCAAAUAUAUCUCACCUUUGAAGAGGAAAGAUAGAUAUAUGCUAAAAGUGAGGCUAUAUGAUUAUUCAACUACUCGAUUCUUUUUUGAGGAGCAAGUCUUAAGGCUACCAGAUCAUAAGCCGAUUGUAUGGGGUACGGCCACACUGAUUCUACUAGACAAGAGGCUUCGUCCGACACAAAUCACACCUUCGAUGAUUUCCCAAUUCAAUAAAUUCCUACUAACACACACAAACAAAUGAUGCUCGAAUUUUUAAUAAACUUGGAUUGUUGUAUUUGUAUUGUUCUUGUUAUAUGGGAUAUUGUAUUUUUGUGUC